AUGGAAGAGGACCGUGCUAUAGCAGACCUGGGACCGGGCGUCACCCCGACCACAGAGCUGGACGCGGAUGCCGAAACCGUGCCGAAAGCACCAAAACGACGCUUCAUUGGCAGGAAGGCUGCAGACGCCAUCGCGGCGGCGAAAGCUGAAUCCAGCAGCGGGACCAUCGAGGACAGUGGUGCAGUGCAAGUCGCGCCUCGUCGGCGAGCACCUCGUGCAUUGAACAAUGUCCCAGAUGACAUACUACACGACAAGGAUAUCAACGAUGCCAUCGCGUUAUUACCGAAGAACUACAACUUCGAGAUCCACAAGACCAUUCACCGCGUGCGGACCUCUGGAGCAACGAAGAUUGCCCUGCAAAUGCCCGAAGGUCUGUUGUUGUUUGCCACCACCAUCUCCGACAUCUUGUCACAAUUCUGUCCCGGAGCCAACACACUCAUCAUGGGUGAUGUGACAUACGGUGCUUGCUGUAUUGAUGACUACACCGCCCGAGCUCUGGGUUGCGACAUGCUGGUCCAUUAUGCACAUUCAUGCCUGGUACCCGUGAACGUGACCAAGAUUCAGACUCUGUAUGUCUUUGUUGACAUCCAGAUUGAUGUCGAGCAUCUGUUGGCGACUAUCGAGCGCAACUUCAAGCCGGGCAGCACGAUAGCAAUGGUAGGGACAAUCCAGUUCAAUGCUACCCUUCAUGGCACAAGCACUCAGCUUCGAGCGGCCGGUUACAAUAUGAUCGUGCCUCAGAUCAUGCCGCUUUCGAAAGGUGAGAUCCUUGGCUGCACUUCGCCACACCUAUCGAAAGAGCAGAACGUGGACCUCAUCCUAUAUCUUGGUGAUGGACGAUUCCACCUCGAGAGUGCCAUGAUCCACAACCCAUCGAUACCAGCAUACCGCUACGACCCAUACUCACGGCGACUGACACACGAGACAUACGAUCAUGAGCAACUUCUCAGCGAUCGAACGACAGCCCUAACACAAGCUCGACAAGCGAAGAAAUGGGGUCUGAUCUUGGGCAGUCUGGGUAGACAAGGAAAUCCCCAUACCAUGACCUUGAUUGAAAAUCACUUGCGAGAGAGGGGCAUCCCCUGGGUCAACUUGCUGCUCAGCGAAAUCUUCCCCGGCAAAUUGGCAAUGAUGCCAGACGUGGACUGCUGGGUGCAAGUUGCGUGCCCACGAUUGAGCAUCGAUUGGGGUUAUGCGUUUCCUCGUCCACUACUUACACCGCACGAAGCUUUGAUAGUUCUCGGUGGACGCAAAGGUUGGGAUGAGAAGGUUGAUGAGAAUGGUGGGAAAGCAGAGCGAGUAUAUCCAAUGGACUUCUACGGGAGAGAAGGUCUUGCUAGAGUCAAGGCAAAUGAGGUUGCUGUGAAGCAAGUUGUGGCCAGCGCGGCAUGA